AAGGAGAAGGGACUUCCCUCACUCAGGCAGUCCGCCUUAUCUUCCCUCUCCCAACCACAUCUGAACUGCUGUGGACAGCCCAGGCUUGGCUGGAAACUCAUGAAAAGCUACCAAGUAUAAAAUCUUGAGAAUGAGAUGGAUUCUGCAGUGUCUUCACCUGAGAAGCAAGAUAAGGAGAAUUUAGUGGGCAUCAGCAAGAACCAGCUGGGCGUAUGUGGUUGGAUUCUGUUUUCUCUGUCCCUCCUGUUGAUGAUUAUCACUUUUCCCAUCUCCAUAUGGAUGUGCUUAAAGAUCAUAAAGGAGUAUGAACGUGCUGUUGUAUUCCGACUGGGACGCAUCCAAGCUGACAAAGCCAAAGGACCAGGUUUGAUCCUGGUCCUGCCCUGUAUAGAUGUGUUUGUCAAAGUUGAUCUCCGAACAGUUACUUGUAACAUUCCACCACAAGAGAUCCUGACCAGAGACUCUGUCACCACACAGGUGGAUGGUGUUGUCUAUUACAGAAUCUACAGCGCCGUCUCAGCAGUGGCUAAUGUCAAUGAUGUCCACCAAGCCACAUUUCUGCUGGCUCAGACCACUCUGAGAAAUGUCUUAGGCACACAGACCUUGUCCCAAAUCUUAUCUGGGAGAGAAGAGAUUGCCCAUAGCAUUCAGACUUUGCUCGAUGAUGCCACGGAGCUGUGGGGGAUCCAGGUGGCCCGAGUGGAAAUCAAAGAUGUGCGGAUUCCCGUGCAGUUGCAAAGAUCUAUGGCUGCUGAGGCGGAAGCCACCAGGGAAGCCAGAGCCAGGGUGCUUGCAGCAGAAGGAGAAAUGAAUGCAUCUAAAGCCCUGAAGUCAGCCUCCAUGGUCCUGUCUGAGUCCCCCAUAGCCCUGCAGCUGCGCUACCUGCAGACCUUGUCCACAGUAGCCACAGAGAAGAAUUCCACGAUUGUGUUUCCUCUUCCGAUGAAUGUACUAGAAGGCAUUGGUGGUAUCAGCUAUGAUAACCACAAGAAGGUUGAUGAUAGAGCCUGAGGUAGCCCGCCCCUUGC